CAACUCAGCCAAAUUUUGGUGGUGGGGGUAUGUCGAAUUUUUAAGCCAAAAAUCGUUCGUCUGUUGGCCACGAGAGGCGCUGCGAUUCUGUAGUUCAAAAAACAUUAACGUGCCGCGGUUAUUUCGCAGGAAUGUUUCUCCGCGUCUUUUCAAGUAACGCUUAACGAAACUGCCUCCGCGAGUGGAAUGAAGAACCGCAAGGUGACGUGGGCCAACCUGGAGCUCGCCGGUCUCCUCGAGGACGAGGAGUCUCACGUGCACUUCGCGAGGACCACCAAGCACCUCUCGCUACAUCCGUACUACUUGAAUAACGUUCAGGGCGGUCUGAAUGAGAUAUUAAGAUCGUCGUUGAAUACUUACGACAAAGAGUUGAAAGGGUUUAUGCUAGCAUUUAGGAAUCUUAAAUUGCUUAACAAUCUGGGAGAGACGCUCUACGACUCUCCGUACAUUCAUAUUGACGUUGAAGCAGAUUUUUAUCUGUUUUGUCCAACAAACGGAACUUUCCUGAAAGGCGUAGUGAUAAAGAAGAGCCUGGACCAUAUCGUGGUACUGGUGCACAAAAUAUAUACAGUGUCUAUUCCGAAACCAGACGACACGGAGGAAUGGACAGGAGACUUGGUAGAGAUUGGCCAGGAAGUGAGAUGUUGCGUAAAUGAAGUAGACAACGGGAGUAAACCUCCUUUUAUCCGCGCCACUUUGAGGUUCGAUUACUCGCAAGGUUGUCGAGCGCUGUAAAGUAUAAAUAAUACUGACAAUGUGGACAGUGCAAUUAACUCUGUGAAGAUUGAAGUUUCUACUGGUGGAGUCUCAGAAGACAAUGAUGUUUCUGAAAAUAAAUGAUGGUGAAUCUCUUGUGUCAUACGAAUUUGAAUUAUUUGUUGGGAGAUGUUCUUUCUUAUGUACAACAGUUUCCAAAUGAGCGAUAUUUUGAAACAAACGGAACAAAUUCUCUAUUAUAUUCCACUCGUGUCUCUAGAAAUAUUAUUUCGAUAUUUUCGCAACAGAUUCGAGUGGUGAAACAAAAUUGUAUCUAUAUAAUUUAGUCAUUGAUGUAUCAUUUCUAGAUGGUGCAUAACGAGU